AUGGCUGCUGACGAACCUGCUGGCUGCAAGAUCCGCAUCACUGACAAAGGACUGGAAAUGUGUAAGAGCCCCAGAUCCACAUCCAGUAUGAUCCAGAUCCACAUCCAGUAUGAUCCAGAUCCACAUCCAUUUGAGACUCGGCGGUUUGUGGAAGACGAGCUGAGCAGCAUCAACAUGCCGGAGAUGACCGGCAGCGAAGGACGAUUCACCUACAACAUCACCGAUGUGAAGGUCACGGAGCUGAACCUGACGUACGCUGAGCUCAGCUUCAUCCCCGACGUCGGCUUGUUGUUCGAUGUCCAGAACUCUUCGAUCACUCUGAGUUUCCACCGGAGGAUCCUCUACUGGUUCUUCUACGAUACAGGAAACACCAACGCGUCGGCAGGAGGCGUGAACAUCAACACGGCUCUGCGUUUGAUCCGAGACGACGAAGGUCGGCUGAAGAUCAGUGACAUCACCUGUGACGCUCGGAUCGCCAACAUGAAGGCCAAGUUCACGGGAACGCUUGGGAGAGUUUACAACUUCCUGGCCAGGUUUCUGACAUCAGGGAUGCGCUUCCUGCUCAACCAACGGAUCUGCCCCGCCCUGGACCACGCAGCUCUGGUCCAUGUGAACUCGCUGCUGGAGACGAUCCCCGUGAGGACAGAAGUCGACAGUUACAUCGGGAUCGAUUAUUCUCUGCUCAGCGACCCGGUGGUGACGUCCAGGAGCCUCGACAUGAACUUCAGAGGGAUGUUCUUCGACCUGGCCAACCCCAACGCGUCCCUGGUGAACUACGCGGUGGAGCCGGUCAUCCGAGAGUACGACCGGAUGGUUUAUCUCGCUCUGUCCGAGUUCUUCUUCGACAGCGGCAUGUUCUCCUACUACCGGGCCGACGUCUUCCAGAUGCACAUCGCCAACGAGAAGAUGCCCAAAGACCUGGAGGUGUUGCUGAGAACCACGUACUUUGGAACCAUCAUGAUGCUGAACCCGGCUCUGGUGGACGCUCCGAUCUCUCUGCAGAUCGCCGUCAAUUCGCCACCAAAAACCACCAUCAAGACAUCGGGGGCAACCGUGGUCAUGACCGCCAUCGUCAAGGUGAUGCUGCUGCCUCCGGGUCAGACCGCGGUCCAGCUGAGCAGCAUGACGAUGGAAACGAAGUUUAACGCUAAAGUUUCUAUGAAGGGAAAACGCCUCGCUGUCCAUGCUGACCUCCGCAGGUUCAAAAUCUUCUCCAACCAAUCAGCACUGGAAUCUCUGGCACUGAUUCCUCUGCAGGCUCCUCUGAAGACGAUGCUCCAGAUGUCGGUGGUUCCACUGAUCAACAACUGGACUAAAAGAGGAGUCCGCAUUCCUUUGGCUGAUGGGAUGGAUUUCGUUGAAGAAGUGGUUGAAUAUCACAAUGGUUUCAUUGUGAUUGGAGCAAAUCUUCACUUCAGCAAAGGACUGAGAGAAAUGAUCGAGGGGAGCAUGCAGAAGGGUCCCGAGACCACCACCACUGUCUAA